CGGCAUAGCGUUUUACGCAUACAGUCCCGCAGCAGCAGGCCUCUUCACGGGCCAGGUUUCGCCCGAAUCCACCUCGCCCGGUUCACGCUGGGACAAAGAUGUAGGUCGCUCAUCAGCGUGCUGACAAGUCCGUCACACACUAACGCGCCUUCAGACUGACAUGGGCAAAAAUUAUCAAAAUACGUAUUUUAGACCAGCGGUCCUGGCCGCAGUUGACGAAACAGCAAAGGCAGCAAAGGCGGUGGGGAUUAGUGGGCAUGCGCUGGCAUUACGCUGGACUAUCUACCAUUCGGCUUUAGGCCCUCAGUAUGGAGAUUCUGUGAUCAUUGGUGCAUCUAGCCUCACACAGUUGCAGGCAAAUCUGGACGCGGUCGAGGCGGGUCCGUUGGAUGAGCACUUAGCAGGUUUGGUUGACCAGGUGGGGAAGUUGGUUGGUGACGAGGCAGCUCCAUACCAUCUCUAAGCGUUGUGUGUACAGUCCCCUUUCUUACAAUACCGGUGGUAUGAUAGGCGUUGUAUAUCUACUCCCCCUCGUAAGGUUUCGGUAAAUGUUUCCUAAAGCUGUCUAGUAUACUAUCACGGACGAGUUCGGCAUGUUUUGUGGCUCCUUACUUGCAGUGGACUAGGUAUAGACGUGCAUAUGGAGUCCCUAUACCUGCUGUCCUGUU